GAGGGCAAAAUGAGGAUUCUCGCCAUACUGAUCUGCAUCCAUUUUUCUAUCAUAACACGAUUUUCCAAUUCGUUGUCCUUCAAUCUUACAAACCUAAUGAUGCAUCAACUAACCAUGUGUGGACCGGCGGGCAUUUGCAAUAUAACUCGUUUCAACUUCAAAGAUCUAGAUAUGCAAAAUAUGCCGAACAGCCACAAACUGUGUCCCAAUUGUUUUUGUGACAAUUCUUGUUUUGGUAGAGGCGAUUGUUGUCCGGACAAAUACUUUUCCCUCAGCGGCCUAGUCUGUGAUAAUGUGACCUUUGUUUAUGCCACACAAGAUGAGAGUCGACAUCAGAGAUCCUUUUUUCUUACCAUUAAAAAUUGUCCUUACGGAACUGAACAAGUCAAGGCAAAAAUGUGUGAACAUAAAUAUGAGAAUCUGAAUAAACUAAAGUAUCCACCAGUGACUAGCAAUUUAACUAAUCUAACGUACGCUAAUAGAUUUUGUGCACAAUGCCACGAUGAAACAUCCUAUCAAUUCUGGAAUCUGGACAUUAAAUGUAAAGAAUUUCUGGAUAUCAACUUUUUAUCGUCAUUCAAAGAAGUUAUCGAUAGUGGAAUCGAAAAGAGGUGUGUCAUGCAGUUUGUACCACACGAAGACAAACCUGCGUUUAACUGCUUCCAUCGACAUUUUUAUCAUUUUAAUUCAUGUAACAAGACCGGAUUCUGGAAAACAAGAGAUGAUGAUAUUUUAAAUGCUUGCCAAUCAGUGUACGUCAAUAACGAUACCUUAUUUAAAAACUCGUACUGUAGAAUGUGCAAUCCGACUUUCUACGAAGGAGGAGUAAUUACACAGUGUAAUGUUACCGGACUAUGGAACUUCUUUGAUAACAGAAUUAAGCAAGCUUGCUCCAGAUUUGGAUUGAAUGAAGGUACACUACCAUUCAAAAACAUAUUUUGCCGAAUUUGCAAUGCUCCCGAAAAUAUGAGGGACAGUUACGUAGAUGCAUCUGCGAGCGUAAAGAUCGAAGUUCUAAUAAAUACAAAUAAAAAUAACAUUUACUACACAACUAUAGAAAUGUACAAUUUUCUCAAAGACUAUUUUAAAUUUGUAAUAAACGCCAUUCCUAAAUCCGAACAUAAAAUGAUGGAAAAAAUUCAGACCCUCAACAUGACAAACUUAAUAUAUAAAUUGUUUUCAAUGAAAAAAUAUGUCGGAGUAUGCAAAAAUUAUAGCAUUCCAGAAAAACUUUCAAGUCUUUUUAUUCCCUGCAGCUGUCACCCUUCGUGCUUUCUUUUUGAUGAUUGUUGUGAAGACUUUGUAUUACAAUAUCCAACAGGAUGCAUCGAUUCUAAAGCGUUAGCUGGCGAGUAUUUCAAAAGGAGUUACUCUGGGCCUGAAUACCUUGUAACUAAUGGAUGUUUCAUGCAGUUUCGGUACCCGGUGUAUUUGGAGAAAUUAUGUCGACAAGGGGGAAACAGCACUAUACUUUCUUCCCAUCCAGUACUUGAUAGAAAUACAGGCAUUUCCUAUUUGAAUAUGUUUUGUUAUAUGUGUAAUAAACCGCCGAAUCGACCUAGCUUUGAAUUGGGAGAACCAUGGGACAUUGAAAUGUAUUGUGAUAAAUUUAUUGAGCACAGGAACUUUUUAACGGUGAAUCAUCUAAUCAAAACCAUCAUUGAAACCUAUUGUAACGUGACGUAUAUACCGAGUUCGUAUAAACAUAAAACAGUUAUGUGUAAUCAUUCAGGAAAUGUUAGAUAUAAUGGAAAAUGUAAUUCCACUGGAAAAUGGCGGGUUGAGGAUCCUGAAAUAAAAUAUGCUUGUGAAAACGUUUCCUUUUUGACUUUUAAUGAAUACACUUCACAUGUUGAAACCGAAUACACAAAGUGUAAGCGUCCUCAAAAGAAUGCAUUUUGUGCAAUAUGCAAUCCGGAAGUCACUAAAGAUAUACUUACUGUUUCCGGUUGUUUCUUUACUGAAGGACAUUUUUUGUACGAUGAACUGAAUGUAAUUGGCUGUGAGUUUUUCCCGCAAAUUGACUUUUAUUCGCUUUAUAAGAAUAUAUUUUGUAAACUUUGCAACACCAUGUAUUUUCAACGUUCUUGUUCUGCAAAUAACACUGCUAUAUCUCCUCCGUUUUCGUUAAAAAGUCUGAAAUGGUAUCCGAUCUACAGAAAUUUGUUUGUGUAUUCUGAACAUGAUGAGGUUCUUUCUGAAAACGCAUCACCUAAAUGCAAAUCAACACAAGCAUACAUCUCAAAAUUGAACCAAUGUCGAAACUUGACCUGUUAUCCUGGGAAGUAUUUACAUAAUGGAACAUGCCGAGCACUCUUCACCGUCUCGAAAAACUUGGGAUAUUUCUCAACAUUAGACUACCAAGGAAACGUGUCCUCUUUAUUGCCAGUUUACGAUUUAUUAGUCAUCAUAUCAAAAGAAAUCAAACAAACAAUAUCGUCCGAGCUUCAGAUCGGUUCAGAUUCAAUAGAGUAUUUGUUUGUUCAAAUAGACCAGACUUGCUUUAAAAAAAAUCAAAUGUUAUCUUCUCAGCAGUUUUCAGGUAGUGUAUCUGUAGGUUUAUUUAUCAAACGCGCUGUGCAGAGAGUUAAUUUUGAGAUGCUCUUAAUUGCAUUUACAACCAAGAUGAUGAUUUCUAGAAAUGAAACCUUGUAUCUUCAAUUUUCUUUCACUAAACGCAUAAGCAACUUACAUUUUAAUCCAUAUAAACUAUAUCUUGCCGAAUAUUUCUCGCGUUGUACUCUACCAGAAUUUGUUAAAUAUCAAGUCGUAGCAAAUAGACAAAAAUAUCAAACUGUUUGGAUCUCUAAACAAUUGACUUGCGUUCAAGUUUUACUUGAUUUUGAUGAAUAUCAUUUAGAUAAACAGUCGGGAAAAUUAACUGUAUUUGGCAUAGAUAAGAUCUAUGAUCAAGACUUGUUUGUAACUCUUCCUGAUGGAUCAGCAAGAAUCUGUGUUGAAGACCUUGACAUUGAAACCAACACAGUCGCACUUUUUUCAAAUCAAGAGUCUGAAUUCCUUCUUUCAAAACUAACGCUAAUUCUAAAUGUUAUUUCCAUUCUGUGUUUAUUGAUUUCAUUUCUAAUUUAUGUUUUUAAAAAAGAUUUGAGAACAGUGCCGGGGAAAAUUAAUAUGUUAUUGAUACUCUCGCUGGGUCUUACUCUGACAGUUUUUCAGUUAAGUAAAUUUGGAACACCACAAAAAAUGGCAUGUGUUGGGUUUGGAAUAGCCCUUCAUUAUUUUUGGCUGAUGUCGUUUUCUUCAAUGAUGGUGAGUUCUUUUCAUAUGUAUCGAAUUUUUCAAUUUUCAAACAUAAAUACAAGCGACGGCUUUAAUAAGAUCCUUAGAGUAUACAUAGCUUUUAUUACUAUUUCUCCAUGCGUUGUAGUCGUUUUAAAUAUUAUAAUAUCUUGGCAGGUCUCUGGCAAUGGAGAUAUUGGGUAUGGAAACAGGAGGUGUUUUAUUGACAAUCCUUAUUCACGAUUAGCCUCCUUCAUCAUACCUAUUGGUGUGAUCUGCAUCUGCAGUUUACUUUUCUUUGUUAGAACCAUUAUUUCCAUAAAACGCGUUCCCAAUAUUCCCGGAAAUCAAUCUGUUAGGAAUGAAUUUGGAAUUUUUUGUCGUUUAUUCACAAUUACUGGGAUAGCAUGGGCUCUUCAGAUUAUCGAUGGCUUUCUUCCUUUUUCAACGUUCUCGUAUAUCUCUUCAAUAAUCAACAGUUUGCAAGGAACUGCAAUAUUUAUAGCUUUUUUCUUGAACAAAAGAGUCAUGAAUUGUAAAUGCACGACCCGGAAUGACUCGCACAAUAAAACACAAGCUAAAGGAGAGUCAAUAGAGGAAUCUUAUACAGAUGUCACCAGGCUAUGAUGUUAUUUUUUUUCAUAUAGUUUUGCUCUCUUGCGUAGACGCAUAAAUGGUUUGACGUGCAUACUAAAUAAAAUACUUUUAAACACAUUUGCUUUUUUUUCUUCAAAAUGAUAUAUUUACAUGUUGUAUAAUUACUCUUAAUAAUCUUCAAUAACAUUCUUCAAUAAAAGCAAAAAUUAAUAAACGCGUAUUAUGCGAAAACAAUUAUCCUCUAACUAAAGUUCUAGCUUAUCUUUACUUUAAUUUUACUUUGAUUAACAAAAUAAGCCAAGAAUUGGCAAUGAAUGUAAGCUACAAUGAAAAAAAUGUCAUUAAGUUUUUUUCUCAUUAAUGGUAGACUGGUAUGCAUUAAACUAAAUAGAAAGCUUUAAAAAAGUUAUAUUAACAAGUGUUUAGUAAUUAAAAUUACCUACAAACAGUUAAUGAAUAAACUUAAAAAAAUAACUGAGAACGAAUAAUCAUUAAACCCUAGCUCGACUGAACAUCGCAAAAUUGUUGUCCUGGAGUUCUGUAGUCGGGAUUUUAAAUUCUGGCGAUUUGGUGCAAAACUGUAGUAAAUAAUACCAUUGACAUUUGAUCUUAAUAUGGAGUGGACAGUAGGUUUUUAAAAAUUUGAUUUCAACCUACUAUAAAAUUAAUUUAUUUUUUGUAUUGAUGCUUUCGUAUAUUGUUGUCAACUUUCAUAUCUGUGGUUAUGUCUGUAUAGACUUGUAACUGUGAUUUGCUAAAAAAAUAAAAGAA